AUGAUGGCGCUCGUCGCCGCUGCAGCCGGCCUGGCCGGUCCGAUGGUAUCGCUGCCGCGACCCAUGCCGGCCGCGGCGCGGCCUGCUGUCGCGCGCAUCUCGAUGCAGCUCGAGCCAUCGGAGGAGGUGUCGGCGGCCUUCCGCUCGCUCGGGAUCGGAGAGGACGAGUCGUAUGAUGGCAUCAUGGCUGCGUACGAGACGCUGAAAGCGAAGAACGCGGGCAACACGAAGGCGGUCAUCAAGCUCGAGGUUGCGAAGGACCGUGUGAUGGACCACCGGCUGCGGCAGCGCAUGAGCGGCUCGCUGAAGCCGGACCGCAAGUUUGGCGAGGACCUCAGGCCGAAGGAUGCGAAGAAGCCGCUCAUCACGCUGCCGCCGUUUCUGGAGGAGAUUGCGGAGCUGCCGAAGCGGACGUACCUCGUGACCAACAUCGCCGUCUUCGGCAUCUUUGGCCUCCUGCCCGUCUUUGAGGCGUCGUUUGUCUCGAGCUCGAUCGGGCUAAACUUUGGCAUCGCAAUGUUCCGGCUGUACAACCGGGGCGCGCCCGACACGGGCAACGACGAGGACAUGGCGAUGCGGCCAGUCAACAAGCGCGCCUCGUUCCUCACCUUCGGCAUCUGCGGCCUCGCGACGGCGCUCGGCGGCCUGCUCGGACAGCUCCUCAAGCCCCUCCUCUUCUUCCUCUCAGAGUCGGCGGCCAUCUCUCUCGGCGCCUCCGCGGCACUCUGCUUUGCCUGCUCCUUCUUCAAAGUGCAAGGGGAGUAGCGCCGUCGCUCUCUUUCCCGACACGCGGCCACUUCACACGCGCUGCACGUACGAGCGCUCCAUGCCCCCGUGCACCCCGCGGUCUCCGAUACACGUCUCUCCGCGGCGCAGAGCCCGCCCUGCGGGACGCGCGUAACAGGAACACGCCGGACGCGCUCUGUGUCGAGGUGUAGAGGCUAACGCGCACGAGUUUUUUCAAGACA